AUGGAAGAUAGCGGAGGUGAUGAUGAUGGUCAUGAAGAUCAUGAUAAUCCUGGUGAAGGAGGUAAAGGGUCUUCCUCGAGUCAAGUGAGAAAAGCCCAGAAUAGGAUAGCUCAGAGAGAAUUCAGGUUGCGUAAGCAGAUACGAGAUCUAGAAGCUAGGGUGGAAGUAUUAUCCGGUGAUAAAGAAGAACGUAUAGAACUAAUGACAUUACUGGUGAGAAACCUGUUGAAGGAGAAUAAGGAUUUAAGGAAUAUGGUCAAGAAUAUGGCUGGAUUCAUAGGUGAAGGUCUAGGAUCAUGUCUUCCUCGACUAGGUCUAUCAGCCGACGGACUAGAUGCCAUCCUCACGCGUUCCGACACCGAUACGGCGUACGAGGCAUUCGUAAACCUCAAAGCAUCCAAGGAGCAACUGGCCGCUCACCCGGGAAUGAAAUACGGAGCGACGCGUAGAAGGGCAAGUGCGACCAAGAGGAAACGUGAUGACGAAAGCAGUCCUACUGUUGAGAAAGAGAAAGAUAAGGGAAAAGGAAGAGCGACAAGUGAGAAUCGUACCGGUGCCAAAUCAGGACAUGGGAGUGCUACAGGUACACCAACUCCCUUGAACCCAUCGAUAUCCAGCGAACCUACUUUACCUGCCAGCUUCUAUACUUUCGAUCAACCUCAAGAUGAAAAUUAUCAUUACUUGUUUCCGGAUUUGGAUACGUUGUUAGCGGAGAAUGAUCCGGCGGGAUAUAAUGCACCACCAAGUCUACGAAGUAGACCACCUCCAGUCACAGACGAUAGAAAGAGCUUUGAUCCUAGAGCGUUCCCCAGUGGCGGACCCAACACUGGCGGUGGACAUGGGAAUGGAGGUGGUCCGUUGGUCGGGGAUACUCGAGAACACGGGUACGCUCAUCAUAUCAUGCCGACUGGAUUAGGAGGUAGUGGAUCACCCAAAGCGGAUCCUAACAAUGGUCCAUCCUCGAAUCAAAAACCAAAUCCAAAUGUUGGUGUAGGCAAUUCCAGUUCCGGUAUUGGAUCUUCUUCAAGUGGAUAUUUCGGAUUUGGUCCAACUCCACCUAUGAUGCUUUCAAGCACUGGCGACUUCGGUAUUCCAUUAGUCAGCGGUAGCGGACCUUCAAAUGGGAUUAUGAACCUACCUACUUCUUCCUCAGCGUCGUCAAGCGAUAUAGGCAGGAGUGCCGAAAACCCAAUCAGUUCCUUAGCUGGACCUAGACCGGCACCGAGUGGGAUCGGUUCACAGGGAAAUUACGCCAGAGGACAUCAAUCGGUUUUAUCUUCGGACUUAUCACAUACCGGACCAGAAAAAUCCCAAACGUUGAGAGAAGCUGUGACGGCCAUUACCAAUGCUGAUAACCCGCUUGAGGGACCUGGUGUCACUGCCGCUGAACUUGCCGAAAGGAGGAGACAGCAGGAUCAAUUGAUGAGGAUUAUAGAAGAGGGUGAUCCCUCGGAUAGGAAGAUGGAGACUAUGCAGUUGAUCACCUAUCAUCUAAAUAACUUCAGGAUGAAUCAUGAAUAUCAUCUACCGCCCUCACUUCGACCUACGGUGGUACAGCGGACUAUCCCUCAUGAACACGCUAUUGAUGGAAUUUUAUUCCCCUCGAUCAGGGAUAGGAUGAUUUUACUGAGGGGGAGAUAUGAUCUAGUAGAAGUAUUCCGUGCAAUGUUAGCAGAGUUCGAAUUGCACGGUGAUGAUGUAUUGGAUCAUAACAAUUACGAAAUAUCAGAGAGGUUCAUCGAGAAUUACAGCAUAUUAAUCGACGAUAUAGUCAUCAACAUAUCUAACAAAUGGCGAGCUCAGAGGGGCGCAUCGUUAUUGGGUAUGCCUGAGAAAGAAUUGAUCAGUAGACCAGGAGCAGGUCACAGAAUACAUGCCGAACAUGCAGAAUCGUUCAAUAGGCCGUAG